AUGAGGAAGAAGUCCAAGACAUUCACGGGAUGCUGGACAUGUCGGGCCCGCAGAGUGAAAUGCGACGAGGUCCAGCCGGUCUGCAAUCGUUGUACUAAAGCACGUCGAAUCUGCGAGGGCUAUGGAGUUCGCCUUACGUGGACGAGCGACGAGAAGGACACCCCAUUCAGAGUACUUAUCGACCUGGAUACGGAUGCCGUAGAGAUACCGCAGGAAGACCUGGAUGAUAUGAUCCAUAAGUGCGGCUAUACAGAAGCUAGCCUUGAGACACAAACAUUCGGUCCCUUUUCUGUGUUCUGCGUCGGACAGGGUACUGAUUUUGAGCCCUCAGAACCACGGCACCUUGAUACAAAGGAGGGCCGAGAAGAGCAACAGCUGCAGAGAGAGGCAGCAACAGAGAACCUAUAUACGCCCUCCUCCAACGAUUCUUUAUUAGGUACAUGUCAGCCCUCAUUCUCAGAGUCCAGUAAUGAGGCCAUAUCAGAUAUCACCAUAUUCGACAUCUUCGCGCAUCAGGCUACCGGUUCAAAUCAAGGUUAUGUUGAUGAAAAUGAUGAUCUGGUACUGGAUGAGCUUUUCUCAGCUGAACGGUUCUUUGGCCCAAGCUCUUUUGAGCUAGAGUCACAGGUGUCAUCGUGGGCAGAACUCGAUGUUUUUCCAUCUGACAUGGAAAACGAUUCCACUUCCACUGUGGAGAUGCCACUAGAGGGCUAUUCACCCUCGGAUCACUCCCAAUUCAACAAUAUACCGUUCAGCUUUUGCCAUGAAGUGCCGCCGCCACAGACCAGUCUCACCCCCAUCUCCAUGUCGCGACAACAGACCGAGCUGAUUCAUCACUGGCUAGUCCACAUGUGCAGAAAUAUGGUCCCCAUUGAUACACUGGACAACCCAUACCGAGUAACCUAUCUACGCCUCGCUUCCGAAGGCGUCAAUGGCACAUCCAAGAGCCACAUUGCAGUGCUACAUGGCGUAUGCGCUGCUGCCGCGCAUAAUCUAAAUACCCUGCGCCACGACAAGAUGAAUACGCAAUCAGCAUGGAAUGCGCAGGUAGCACUGCAGAAUCUACAAGAGUCGAUUUCACAGCCCAAAGGCAUGGACGAUACUUCUGUUCUGGCCGCCAUUGUGAUGUGCAUUAUGCAGGAUACUAUGACGGGACAUCCCCGUGGCUGGAGAACCCACAUACAAGCUGCGUUGAGAAUAAUAGUACAGGGGAAGCUCUAUCAAGGUUUAGAUCCGGGAUCUGAAUUGCAUGUUGUGGUUCUGCAAUGUCUUUGUCUCGUCGUGCUCGGCGACGUUGAUACACAUUAUGACAUUGCAGACAUGGUAUCUCAACUCCCUCGGACCGAAGACUAUGUCUCUAAGCAUCACAGUGUCACAAAGGAUCUCGUUGGUAUCAUAUCUCGAAUCAACACAUUCUCGAAACAGAAUGCUGCAAGAGAUCUCGGUCUGAUCGACCAGCUAGAGCUCCAGAUCUAUCUUCAAGUCGGACCAACUACGCCACAUAAUCGAUUCCGCAGUGCAAAGGUCAACUUCAUCAAUCAACAUUAUGCCUCGGUCUGGCACUACGCCACUAUAAUACACUUCCAACGUCGGAUCCGUCAUAAGCCGGCAGAGCAGCUACGAGACAUUGUGUCUGAAGCACUAGCUCAUCUUGAAGCAGCUGAAGAUGUUGCAACUGAACUCGAUGGAUGCAUUGUUCUUUGGCCCUGCAUGGUUAUCGCUACUGAAUGCGAUGACGAAGAGCACAAGAUGCGUGCGCUGAACUGGUUCAAGAAAAAGGACCGCCAUGCAUUCGCUAAUGUUAGUUUGGCGAGCUCAAUCUGUCUCGAGUAUUGGAAAUGGCGGGACAGGAAUCCAUCUUGGGCUUUGACCACGUCGUGGCAGGAUUUUGUCGCAGGUACUAAGUAUGAUGUUGUGCCGGUAUGA